AUGUCUGAUUUAUCUGCUCAGUUAUCCGCUUUCAAAAAUAAAAUUAAAAGUGGACCUUCAGUAGCAGUUGCUAGAAAAGCCGUUCCACCUAAACCAACAUCACCAAUCAAUACAACUUCAUCUAUUGAUUCAAGUAAUAAUAACAAUAAUCAAAGUAAUACUUAUCAAGCUGAUAAAAGCAAUCUAAGUUCUUCAAAUGAUGCAUAUACUUCUGGGUCAAAAAGACCUGCAAAGGAUACAGUUGCGGAAAUUUUCAAACGUCAAGUUAAUUCAUCGAGUCAAAUUUCAGGAUCUCAUUUAUCAACUCAAUUACAUCUAGCUGUCGAAUAUAUAAAAGAACAAGAUCAACCAAUUAAUGUACAAAGACUACUGGAUUAUUUAUCAUUUGAUAUAAGGCAUAAUUUGUUACCUUUAUUAAAAGAAAUUGAUAGAGUUAGGUAUGAUGAAACUCACAAGACAUUAGAAUAUGUUUCAUUACACAAUAUACGUACGGCAGACGAUUUAUUGGAAUUUUUAAGAAAACAAACUACAUUUAAAGGAAUUUCAGUAAAAGAAUUAAAAGAUGGUUGGGCAGGUUGUUUACAAGCUAUAGAUGAAUUAGAGUCUGAAAAUAAAAUAUUAGUUUUAAGAAAUAAAAAAGAAAAUGCACCAAGAUUAAUAUGGGCAAAUUCAGGAGGAGAAGUUGGUUUUAUAGAUGAUGAAUUUACAAAUAUGUGGUCCAAUGUUAAAUUACCGGAACCAGAUAUGUUAUAUCAAUCAUUAUUGGAUCAAGGUUUAAAACCAACUGGUGCAGAUCCAAAUUUAUUAAAGAAGAAACCACAAAAGAAAGAAAAAAAGCAAAAGAAAGCAAGAAGAGGAAAGAUCACCAAUACACACAUGAAAGGUAUAUUAAAAGAUUAUUCACAAUUAGUAUAA